AUGACUCCCCACCACAAGCUUAUCCCCACGUCCACCAACACCUUACCUACCUACACCUCAAACCUCAAAAACAACAACCAACCAACCAUGAAAAUCAUCAUCAUCGGCGCCGGCAUCUCCGGCUGCGCCGCAUACCUCACCCUCCGAAAACACCUCCCCCCACCACCCCCCUCAUCACCUUCCCAAGACCACGAAUUCACCAUCUACGAAGCAUACCCCUCCCCCUCCUCCCCUAACCCCCCUAACCCCACCAACAAAAUAACAGUCGGCGGCGGCCUCGGCAUCGCCCCAAACGGCCUGCGCGUCCUCGAACGCCUCGACGAGAGCAUCCUCCGCGACGCCGUCACCAGCGGCUACAUGCUCGACCACACCAACCUGAAAGAUAAGCACGGGAAGACACUAAUCCAACUGCCAUCAUCAAGCAGCAGCAACAGCGGAAGUAAUGAAAGUAGUGGAAGUAACAAAGCACUCCACCUCCUCGGCACAAGCCGGCACAACUUCUGGCUCUGCCUGCACAGGCGCAUCCCGGAGAACGUCAUCGUGUAUAAUAAGCGCGUAGCGAGGGUGAUUUCCCAUCCUACCCAGCGGAAUACGGUCACGUUCGUGGAUGGGAGUGAACCUGCGUAUGCGGAUUUGGUGAUCGGGGCGGAUGGGUUGAGGAGUGUGGUUCGACAACAGAGUAUACUUGAUGGUGAGGGGGAUGGGCCGAGAUAUGAAGGCCUCAUCGGCAUCGGCGGCUUCCUACCCACACACACCAUCGGUGGUAUAGAACCCGGCUCCCUAAACCUCCACUUCAGCGGGACAGGCUUCUUCGGCUACUUCUAUGCCACCAGCUCAUCUACGUCCCCGACUCGCUCCUCAGCGUAUCAUGUUUCCGAACCGGGGGAUACCUUGGUUUGGUGGACGACCUACUCAACACCUACUCCUCCCGACGGGAGGGAUGUAGAUGUGGAUGAUGUGAAAUCCCAAUUGAAAUCGAGAUUCUCCACUUGGACUGACCCCCUUGUGCUCCACAUUAUCAACUCCGUCGAGGUGCAGACCAUGUGGCCUACCUUUACCACUCCUGAGCUUCCGACGUGGGAGAGGGAGGGUGUGGUGUUGGUGGGGGAUGCGGCGCAUGCGUUGCCCUCGACGUCGGGCCAGGGGGCGAGUCAGGCGUUGGAGGAUGUGGAGGCGUUGGCGAGGCUGCUGGGGCAUGAGGUUGGGGUUUGGUAUCAGGAACAAGUGUUGGGGGGCAUGUCUGGGGGAUCUGGUGGUGGGGUGGAGGGGGAGAAGAGGGCGAUUCAGAUGGCGUGUAAGAGGUAUGUGGAGAUGAGGAUGCCGAGGGUGAAGCGGAUUUUGGAUACGGCGAGGGGGAUGCAGAAUAGUAAGAGGGAUAUGGGCGGGUGGGGGGAGUGGGUGAUGUAUUGGGUUAUGUGGGUUAUGGGGUUCUUUCCUGGGUUAGUUGCAAGGCAGCAGCAGGAGGUGUUUGAUUAUGAUUUGCCUGCGGAGGUGGAGCGGGUGUUGGAUCGAGGAUUGUAG